UGCGGCCAGCGGGCAGCGAGUGAUCACUCUCACAAAUUCCCUGAACCCUUCCAAAACCCUACCGUCUUUGUCUCCAUCAUCAUCCCGUCGCGCGCUCUCGCCUCCAUGGCCCUCCAAUUCGGUCGUCUCCGUCGAGCUGUGACCUCACUCUCCUCCGUCCAUCGCUCUCUGUCCUCUCCAAUCAUCCCCGCCGCACCAAUUCAAACUGGCCCUCGUCUGUUCCCCCGAACUUCCGCCGUGUCCGCGCCGCCUAAUUCCUCGCUCUCUCAUUCUCGCGGGUUUACUGGUUCGAGGGUGUCGCUGGCGCAGGAGAGGAAGUACAAACUGUACAAGGAAGGAGACGAGAUGACAGAGGAUACCGUGCUCUUCGAAGGCUGUGACUUUAACCACUGGCUCAUCACCGUCGAUUUCCCCAAGGAUCCUGUGCCGUCGGCCGAAGAGAUGGUUGCUACUUACGAGAGAAUUUGCGCCCAAGGACUCGGCAUCAGCAUUGAGGAGGCCAAGAAGAAAAUGUAUGCUUGUAGCACAACAACUUACCAGGGGUUUCAAGCUAUAAUGACCGAAGAGGAAUCCGAGAAAUUCAAAGAUUUGCCUGGUGUUGUGUUCGUUUUACCGGACUCGUAUAUUGAUCCUGCAAACAAAGAAUAUGGAGGGGACAAAUACGAGAAUGGCGUGAUAACACACAGACCUCCUCCAGUACAGUUUCAGAGGAAUGAUAGAUCACGAAUGCGGAGGAGGUAUGGUGAACAAGGAGGUAACCCGCAAUAUCAACAAGGCGGAAAUUAUCGAUACAAUCAACAAGGUCCUCCUCAAUACAACCAGCAGCAGGGCAACCCUCAAUAUCAGCAGCAAGGGCAUCCACCUCAAAAUUUCCCUCCACAACAGAACUAUCCUCCGCAGCAGGCUAACCCUCAAUUUCAUCAGCAACAAGGGCCUCCCGUGCAAGGUGAUGGUAGAAACUAUGGACCUCCACAGAAUUUCCCGCCACAACAGAAUUAUCCUCGCACACCCGGUCAGAUGCCUGUGAACACCAGGGAUAGCCAAGGGCAGCAGGGUAAUUACUAUCCACCACCAGGGCAAGGUGGCUUCCAGGGUGGUGCUCAGACAAAUUAUGGCUCUCCUGGACAGAGGGAGUUUAGGGGAGACAGUGGUAAUUAUUCAUCCGUUCCUAGUGGGAACUAUGGGCAAGGUGGAGCUGGUGGCGGGCGUGGCUAUCCAGGUGAAGCUCAAGGCUUCUCACAAAGGAACUCACAGGAAGGACAAAGAGACUUCAACAACCCUAUGGAUCAGUCAGGGACACAUCAAGUGCGAGAAAGAUAUUGAGUAUAUGAACCAGUGAUUCCUAUGAGUCGGGAAACAAGCGGGGGCCUCUGUAAAGCAUUUCUGUCCUUCAGUGUCUCCUUAGAGCAAAGAAAACGUUUCUCCUCCUGAACUUGGUGAACAUUCUGCUUGCUACUUUUACCUUCUGUCAGACAGUUACUUGAGAGGGUUUUGGUACGAUUCCCUUCAAAUAUUUCCUACAAACCGUGCUUGCGAUUGUGGAUUAUGGUUCAUAACUACGGUUUUCCUUACUGUUGUGUAUAUCAUUUCUUCUU